UGUUGGUGUUGAACCCCUAAAUCGAAAGAGGGGAAAGAGUAUGGAAUCUGAUGCGAUGGGACCGCAUCCGGAUGAGGAACAGGUGGUGUAUCGAGCAUCACCGGACCGAGCUUUGCGAGACCUCAAGGAGCGUCUUCGACAGAACACCCCUCUGAGGUGUGUAGAGCAGCCAGACGACGGCGAACCCGAGGUAAUGGCACCUCUUGCCGUUACUGAGCCCAAUAGGGCUGCGCCGGUAGAGCGACCGGAAAUACAGACCGAGCCUCCGAGUUUCCGGUGCGAAUCGUUUAUUCAACGCCCAUCUAUGUACGAGCGUAGAGAAGAUAGAGCUUAUCUAGGAGCGGAAGACUGGAGGGAUCAAUUUAUUAGAGAGCAGCUUUGGAGAGAUAGAGAAAGAGUUGCCAUGGCCAGAUGGGUUUUUGAUCCCGAGACAGGGGAAUCGCAUCCUCUGCCAUAUGAGGCGAGGGACAGAGUCAUCAUCUCGCAUCAACCCUCGGAGUUAGAUUCCAGGCCUCCCGUUUUCUUGGGAUGUGGUAUCACAAAAUACCUUGAGAAGUGGGAGUUGCAUGCCUAUCGAAGUCAGUGGACUGAGGGCGAGAUUAUAGAUAACUUCUUGUUUAACGUCGACCCAAGUCUGAGCCGGGUUAUAAAGGAAGCCCGACCUAGGGACAGGAGGUGGGCUACGUAUAAGAUCAACCUUUAUGAGUUUUUCAAGUUAGAAGAUGUCAAGUAUUCGAUCCAGGAUUUGAGGGCGUUGACCCCGAGUGAGGGCGAGAGUGUCCAAGCGUUUGGUAUGCGUUUUCAGAAGGUAUCCGAUGCCCUCAUGACAAGAGGAAAGUUAUCGGACGUAGAGAGAUGCACAAUCUUUCUCAGCAAACUGCCAAGGGGAAAGCGAAAGGCGGUACUGAGGGAGAUGCCUCACGAUAAGUUGGAAUUCACCGCGUUAUUUAAGCUCGCCAUGAAAGCGGAAGCUGAUGACUAUAAGGAUUUGCUCUGGAGAGGUAUGCAGCGAGAGGAUUAUUCCUUUUAUAAGGAGUAUGGGACUGAUAGAUGCCCCGAUUUCAACGACAAACCUUGGGCAGAACGACGAUAUUUGAUGGACUGGGACAAAUCCCAUCGGUUAGGGGAUAACGACGCAGUAAUAGAGGAGAUGCAAGAGAAGAUGAAGGAAAUGGCCAGGCAAAUAGCAAAUUUCGAAACAAAGGUCGAAACCACGUACCGGGACAAGCCUGGAUCUCCCUACUCUCUGCGAUGGGAUCGUCGGAAUACCAACCCGUGGAGGAGCGUCGAAGACCGUAACCCUCGCACAUUAGUUGAUUACCACGCGAGGGAAAGAGAUGAAGAUGAACGGAGACGAAGAGACGAGGAGGAUCGUAGACGUAGAAACGAGGAGGAUCGUGGACGUAGGGACGAGGAGGAUCGAAGGCGCAGAGAAGAAGACGAUCGAAGACGUAGAGAGGAUGAAGAGCGGAGGCGCAGGCAUGAUAAUAUAGAUAGAGACCGUUGGCAUAACCUUGGUGAUGUAUCUAUGUUUCCUUCGAUGAAGGAGAACGUGGAAGCUAGACGAGUAGUACCGAACAAGGGUAAAGGGGUUGCAAGAACCCAAAGCGUGAGACUGCGUCUGUCUUCUGAUGAGGAGAGUCCUAUGACACCCAUACGGGUGGCGGCGACUAAGUCCGUCAGGGCUUCCUCCUCUAAGAAGGCUGACACUGAUUACGUAAUGGCAGAGAAGGAUGGACAGAGGAUUGAAGGAGAAGAAGUUAUACUUUCCCCGCACAAACGUGGGGCGAGAAAGUUCACAAUGAAGAGUACUCUGGAUGACAUAGACAUUGUCGAACCUCUUAGACGAGCUCUCAGGCAGCCUAUGCAGUGCACGAUCCUAGAAUAUUUGGCGGCCUCGAGGCCAGCAAGAGAUGAAUUGCAAAUGAUUACGGGUAAGACGCGUAUUCCUCUGAACGACGAGGUCCAAAUGGCGACCAAACAGGAGGAGAUGCCCACUGUUGCAGUAUCAAGUUUGGUCGCUAAGGCGGAUCGUGCUGCCACAGUAUUCUUAGACGGGAUGGAGGGAGUGCCUCCUGACAAGUUUUACAUUCUAGGCAGUGGGACAGUACAGACUACCCUCAACGACGAGGUGGUCCUUCAUGGCGUAAUCGAUAACGGCAGUGAGGCUGUCAUUAUAGACGAGGGCCUAUCGGUCCGAUUGGGAUUAGACUUGGAUAGGUCGUACCAAUUUGAGAUAGAAACCGCUGAUGGGAGGAAGCAAAAGGUCGCAGGAGUUUGUCACAAGGCAGCAAUCGAGGUCGAAGUAUUAAGAGUGAUGAUGCCUGUUUUCGCAGUUCGCGAUUGCAGCGCAGAGUUAUUAUUGGGGCGGACAUGGCUAAGUCACGUCCAUGCCGUUACUAUAGAACGGCCGGAUGAAAGCCAAAUGAUUUCCAUAAAGCGUCCAGACGGUGGGUGGAUUAUGAUGGAGACGGUAGAGCCUCGUGAUCCGAGGAACAGAGCGGUUCUCGCUGCAGGGGGCCGUGUACCUGUUCCCCUUUCGAGUCGAUCCCUAAGCUUUCGCGAAAAGAAGUAUGGACCUCUACUUACAGAGGAAGAAGCGGCUGUAGCACGAGAGCGAUCCACGUUGGAUGGAGUAUCUGAAGAAGAGAUCGCUAGAGAUAUUAAAGAAAAGAAGAGGAAGGAGCCGCAACGGCUGACAGAAAAGAGGAUAGCGGAGAUGGACAUAGGCGAUGGUAAUCUAACUGAGCCGGAGAACGAGCGAGUGUUGGAAGUCGUUAAGUCUUGCGACAAAGCUAUAGCAUUCAGUGAUGCGGAGAGAGGAAGGAUUGAUCCUAGAUAUGCUAAGCCUGCAAGGAUCUACACGAUUCCGCAUACGCCAUGGAAUGACGCAGGGUGGAAGUUUGCUCAGAAAGAGAAGGAAGAGGUGAUAUCCUUUCUCAAAGAGAAGAUGGCGUCACGCGUAGCUGAGCCUUGUGACAGCGCAUACGCAAACAGAUGGUUCUUCUUAAGGAAGCCUAACGGAAAGAUUCGAUGGAUUCAAGACCUUCAGAAGGUCAACGUUGUGACGAUUCAGGAUGUAGGCUCAGUACCGCACGCUGAUUUGUUGGCAGAAGGGGCGGCAGGCAGAUCCAUUUAUUCUGUCUGCGAUUUAUUUUCAGGAUAUGACGAGAUACCACUAAAUCCGAGAGAUAGGCAUCUCACAUUCAUGCACACGCCGCUCGGAUUAGUGCAGAUGCUGGUCGUUCCGAUGGGAUGGACCAAUGGGGUAGCGGUCUUUCAGAGAGCCAUAGUAGCGGUUCUGAAAGGCUUCAUCUCUGACAAAGUAUAAGUUUUCCUGGACAACUUCCCAAUAAAAGGGCCGGUGCUGA